AUGACCGAUUCGCCGGGGUUUCUUAGGCUGCCCGGGUCCCUGUGGGCGGCGAACGGCGGGCAGGAUAACGCGGGGGAGGGGGUGAUUGUGGGAGUGAUUGACACUGGCGUGUGGCCGGAACACCCGUCAUUCGCUAACACACCAUCCAACCCGUACAGCCCUGUUCCCCGCAGGUGGCGCGGGAUAUGCCAGGCGACGCGGGGCUUCCCCCAGUCGCUCUGCUCGCGCAAGUUCAUCGGCGCGCGGUUCUUUCCCCCCACCCCGACCCCCCUUCCCCCCCGAUUCCUUUCUCACCUCCCCCUACGGUUGUUCCCCCCCACCCAGCCAUCCAACAAGUACGGCCCUGUUCCCCGCAGGUGGCGGGGAAAAUGCCAGGCGACGCGGGACUUCCCCCAGUCGCUCUGCUCGCGCAAGCUCAUCGGCGCGCGGUUCUUCGCGGCGGGCGUGCGCAAGUCGUCGGCGGGAGUAAACAAGGAGAAGGACUUUAUGUCGCCGCGCGACGGGGAUGGCCACGGCACGUGGUGUGCCAGCGCAGCAGCAGGCAACGCCAACGUGCCGCUCACACUCUCUUCCUCGCGCACGCUCGGUUCCAUCUCGGGAGUGGCACCCCGGGCACGCCUCGCCACCUACAAAGCCCUCUGGUUCAACCCUGGGGGGAAGGCGGGCGCGUUCCACGCAGCAGCAGGCAACGCCAACGUCCCUCUGACCCUCUCCCCCACGCGAACACACCCCACGGAGGGACGCCGUCAUGGCGCAGCAGCAGGCAACGCCAACGUGCCUCUGACCCUCUCCCCCACGCGAACGCUAGGCACCAUCUCGGGAGUGGCACCCCGGGCCCGCCUCGCCACCUACAAAGCCCUCUGGGUCACCCCGGGGGGAGAGGCGGGCGCGUUUCAGUCGGACAUCCGCGCAGCCGUUGAUGCGGCCGUAUCCGACGGUGUGGAUGUGCUCUCGUGCUCGUAUGGCGGCGCCAUCUCACGGUAUUUCAACGACCUGCCGUACCUGCAAGCGCUCAAGGCGGGGGUGUUCAUCGCCUUAGCAGCGGGCAACAGCGGCGCCCCCUCCAAGGGGCAGAUGAUUGGCACUCUCAGCAACACAGCGCCUUUUUACCUCACCGUUGGAGCAAGGUAUUUCAACGACCUGCCGUACCUGCAAGCACUCAAGGCGGGGGUGUUCAUCGCCUUUGCAGCGGGCAACAGCGGCGCCCCCUCCAAGGGGCAGAUGAUUGGCACUCCCAGCAACAUGGCGCCCUUCUGUCUGACCGUUGGGGCUAGCACCAUCGGCCGUGACUAUCAGGCCAACCUAACCCUGGGCAACGGAGUGCAGCUCACGGGGCUGGGCUUUGGCAGCGGGGGCAACGCGCGGGGCCUGCCUCUCGUGCUCUCCUCUGCUGCUCUUCACCCGCUGGGGACUCUCAGCCUGGUGCGUGGUGGGAGGGUGACACAGGCCCGGGAGUGUUUCACCUCAAGCCUUGACAAGGCCAAGCUAUCCGGGCGAAUGCUCGUGUGCAACCUCAAAACCAGAGACGUCACAGAGGCAAUGAAGGACUCCACCACCACAGCUCUCGGCGCCGCUGCCAUGCUGCUGCUCUCCACCCCCGCUAACCUCCCCUGCCAUGCCCGAGAGUGCUUCGCCUCAAGCCUCGACAAGUCCAAGCUCUCAGGCCGAAUGCUCGUGUGCAACCUCAAGACAAGGGACCCCCACACGUCCCUCUCGGCGCUCUUCACCACGUUCUCAUCUCAGGCGAAGCCCCCUCAGCGGCCAUUUUCUCCUCCACAGGCCCGCCUCUCAACCCCUUCAUCUCAUUCCCUGUCUCCCCUUCCUCUCCCUGCCCCAUUUCCCACGAAGCCCCAUCAGUGCACAGACCCACCUAUCAACCCCGCCUUCCCCGUCACCCCGCGCCUCCCCGCCUCCCACCUCCCUUGGGGUUCUGACCUCUGGGUUAAACUGCGGCCCGCGGCCCGCCUCUCAACCCCGCCUUCCAGCUCACUGAUCCCUUGCCUCUCGCCUCUCUCUCGCCUCUCAUUUUUGGGCGGUUUAAGGCGGGGUAGAGAGGCGGGCACGUGGCGGGGUAGAGAGGCGGGCACGUGGCGGGGUAGAGAGGCGGGCACGUGGCGGGGUAGAGAGGCGGGCACGUGGCGGGGUAGAGAGGCGGGCACGUGGCGGGGUAGAGAGGCGGGCACGUGGCGGGGUAGAGAGGCGGGCACGUGGCGGGGUAGAGAGGCGGGCACGGGGCGGGGUAGAGAGGCGGGCACGUGGCGGGGUAGAGAGGCGGGCACGUGGCGGGGUAGAGAGGCGGGCACGUGGCGGGGUAGAGAGGCGGGCACGUGGCGGGGUAGAGAGGCGGGCACGUGGCGGGGUAGAGGCGGCACGUGGCGGGGUAGAGAGGCGGGCACGUGGCGGGGUAGAGAGGCGGGCACGUGGCGGGGUAGAGAGGCGGGCACGUGGCGGGGUAGAGAGGCGGGCACCCCCACAGCCUCCCUCUCGCCGCCCUUCACCACGUUCUCAGACGAAGCCCCAUCAGUCGCCUACUUCUCCUCCACGGGCCCGCCUCUCAACCCCGCCUUCCCAAUCACCCCGCGCCUGCUCGCCUCAAACGACAUCUUAAAGCCCGACAUCAUUGGCCCGGGAUUCCAGCUCUGGGCUGCUUCCAGCGGCCUCACACCCUCCUCUUCCUCUGAGCCGCCCAAAUUCGCCUAUCUUUCCGGGACCUCUAUGGCCACACCGCAUCUGGCCGGCAUUGCCGCCCUGAUCAUCCAGAAGAAUCCAAACUGGUCGCCCGCCCAAAUCGCAUCCGCAAUCAUGACCACCGCCUACACCACCAACAAGCUCGGCAACCCCAUCCGCCGAACCACCAGCUCCGGCAAGAAGAGCUCUGGGAAAACUGUCGAAGCUACCCCGUGGGAUAUGGGGUGUUGGGGGAAUCCGGCCGGUGAAAGCGUUCAAUCUCAACCGUCCGUCGAUCUCCAUCUCGCGGCUCUCGAGACCGGUGGUGGUAAGGCGUGUGGUGAAGAAUGUAGACGUGGUGGCAGAGACCUACAGGGCGAUAAUAAGGGGGCCUAG